UCAAGUCUACAUAUAUAAAUAGGGCCACGCGUUGUACCCUUUAACACAAAUUAGUACGACGUUGGUCAACUAAAUUUUGCAAGCCAUUUGUAAAUACCAUAAUUCGAGCCGCAACACAAACACAACUUGUAAUUUCAUCUUCUUCGUCUUCACUGUUAAUUAACAUGUGUUCAUUAAGCGCCAACGACUUGAACAGAAUUUUCAAGAAGCUUGACAAGAACGGCGACGGCCUUGUGAGCGUCGACGAGCUCAAUUGGCUUCUAGAAAGGAUCGGCGUCGACAUUCAGCUUAUAAGCCUAACGGAGCUGGAGUCCUUGGUCGGAAAAUCGAGCCUCAGUUUUGACGAGUUCUUGUUCUUCUACAAGUCAAUAUCAAACCCUAACAAUGGAGAGAGCAAAGGAGGUGAUAUUGAUCAAGAUCAAGAUCAUGAUCAUGAUCAUGAUGGAGAGGACAGUGACCUAGUCAAGGCGUUCAAGGUAUUCGACAUAAACGACGACGGAUUCAUCUCUUGCGAGGAGCUUCAAAGCGUGCUGAUAAGAUUAGGGUUGAUGGAAGAUCAUAACAGUAGCGGACGUGAUAAUUGCAAGAGCAUGAUCGGUGCUUUCGACGCCAAUUCCGACGGCCAGCUCGAUUUUGAGGAAUUCAAGAACAUGAUGCUGCUUACUAUAGCUAAUUCUUAAUUAAUUAGUGAUAAUACGCGUGAUCACGUGCCUUGAAUUGAAUUCAUCAUCUAGAGCGGUUGUGAUGGUCAAGUUGGAAGAAUAUUCUAUUGUUCGGGAAUUUUGGUCAAAUAGUUCGUGCUCUUACGGUUCUUACCUUAUAAUGGUAUACCAAAUAUACAUACAUAUAUAUAUGUGUGUGUGUGUGUGUGCGUACAUAUAAUUAGAUAAAUAUAUAUAUAUAUAUUAUGGUUAGUAUUAAUCCGGCAGUCUUCGUUGAGCGCUGUGUGUUAUAUGAUGUAAGGAUUUGAUUAUUUCCCAGGAAAAGGAGAGCCCAAAUUGUCGUUUUCAUACAAAUGAAGAUUUUCAUUGCUAA